AUCAUCCCGGUGAAUCUACAUCAUCUACAUCUACAUCGGUACGUUGACCAGUCAAACUUGACAAUUACUCAACGGAUAGUGGCGCUUAAUAAAAGGGACGACAUCUAAAAACUCUUGAUUAAACUAGCUACGUGGCGGUCCACAUUCCAUAUCAACACAAGUCGCGUGCGUUACUGCAGUUUUCAAACAUUCCGCGCCGAAGAACAACCUUACUGAUCGGUCAAGGGCACGCACUGUAUGGAUGGCUGAAAGUGGCACAAGACCUGAUGAACCGGAAAGAUUCCCAAGACAGGGCAGUAUGUCCAGCAAACAAGACUUGAUUCAGUGGGAAAAUGCCUCCGUUGAGACAUGCACUAUACUGAGCUGGCUCGGUUACGGACAGGAGAUCAUACAGGCUCGGAGAGACGCAUAUCGGGAGAAUGACAAGCUGUGGACUGCACGGUUUUGUGGAAAGGCAACGUAUAUUAUUACGGGUAGCAAAGGUGAGGGGCUGAGCAGCUUCUUGGAAAGUGAUUUUGAUCAAAUGGUUGUAAAUAAUAGAGUGAUCUGUUUAGAAGAUGAUGUAAAGUCAAGUGCAUUUCCUGGGGAGAUAACCGUGUUGAGAUCACUCAGCCGCAGGAGUUACCAUGGUCACUGUAGACUGCUACUGGAGAGACGCGGUACAACAAUUCACAGGCACGUACAUGAUGCGUUUUGUGAUGACGGAUAUGGUCGCGAACUUUUGAGCAGUGACUUGUAUGUUAAUAACUGUUCGAAAGAAGACUUGACUGAGGGCAUUGUGCAGCAUGAGCGUGCGGGACCGUCAAUUCCGAGUACAAUUUAUGGACACUUGCACCGUGACAAAGUACAUGCAUUACAUUACUACUGCCCCAACAUUCUGUCAAAAUGGGCCGCAAGACCUCGCCACUGGCCGCCAACCGAAGUCGUUCAGUACGUCGUAUCACUUGGAGCAUUUCUUACGCCUGUUGGAUUUAAAGUAAGUGAAUAUCAACAUGUCGAAUGGAGAGUGUGCUUUAAAGCCGGUGAGAUCGAACUAAUUAGCAAUCUUAAUGACACUCAAACUAAAUUGUUUGUUUUAUUGAAAAUGAUAAAGAACGAUGUAUUACAUCCACGUAAGAAAGAAGUUUCAUCGUACACAUUGAAAAACAUCGUUUUAUGGAUGGCGGAAAAUAAUCCUCAAGCCUCGUUUCAUAAAAAAAGUAUUUUGCAGUGGUUGCAUGAAGCAUUGGAUGCGCUUAGAGUUGCAUUGAUCACCUUAGAGCUACCAUACUAUAUGAUUCCAGAAAGGAACUUGAUGGCAACCUCUGGACUGGAUGGGGAACAGCAACGCAUAUGGAUAUCAACGAUUACAGAUAUGCUCAAUGAAGGUCCAAAGAUGAUACUUAGACUUCCAAAGAUACGAAAAGCUCUUAUUGCUCAUCCUGAACCAUUACGAUGGUACAGCGGGAGGAGAAUUGAGCUGGAGUUGCUGAUGCUCAUGCGCAUGAACAGAGUGGUAAUCUGCAGUGAUGAGAACGGGGAGUUUGACGAUACCGAUGCGAUUUUGCAGGCAUUAAAGAGACGAACAGACGAGGUUAUGACGGAUGUUGGCGUGAGGAUGAUAAUGGAAGGGAGUCGAGUUAUCGACGCGGAUGCUAUUUUUGAUCGAAUUAUGAUGUAAAACGUUAACGAUGAUCAAUAGAUCAGAAACGAGGCGCGAACAACACGUAUUUAUAUCUUUUGAGUACAUAUUAUCUUUAACGAAUCACCGAUCAUUGAU